CAGUGUGAAUUUGUUGAUGUCUGAAUCGCAUAUGUUUUAACUGUUUGACAUUAGUACCUUAUGCAGGGUACAAGAACUGUUUAGACGUUCGUUAACGUUUUCGAAUAGCAUCCGACAAGCAGACCUUCUAGUUUUUAAUUUAUAGUAAUGUCCGCACGUUACCGAGGGGCCUUGCUUUGCUCCAUAAUCUUAAGAGACGGCAGUACGAGACUCGACCUUGGUAUCGUCUCAACUCUCGUAAGGAGAAGCUCGUGCGCUAUCAGAAGUAACUAUGAACAGCGUAGAAUUUUCCAGAACCUGGCGACAUCAAUCCCCAUUUUUAAUUCCUGGCUUACCGUUUCAAGGACGUUUGGAAUCCCCUUGAAAGAGCUCCGCGCCUUCAGUCAGACUGGUGUGCCCUAUAAAGAAGAUGAAUAUCUUCCUCUUCCAGAAUAUGUGGAAGAAUCGGAUGUUGAACCUAAGAAGGUGUUUGUUGUUCGUGCUAGAGGCCUGCCAUGGACUUGUACUGUGAAAGAAAUUCAAGACUUCUUCUCAGAAUGCAAAAUUCGAGAUGGCACAAAUGGGAUACACAUGACUUCAAGAAGCAACGGAAAGCCAACUGGGGAAGCAUUUAUUGAACUAGAAUCUGAAAAGGAUGUUGUAAAAGCACUUGACAAGCAUAGAAUGUACAUGGGCUCCCGUUAUAUUGAAGUAUUUGAAGUGACUGAAAAUGAUGUGGACUAUUUUCUCAAAAAGUCUGUCAGUCCUUCUGAAACUGAUGCAGUUAUUCGCCUCAGAGGACUCCCUUUCAACAGUACUGAAGAGGAUAUUGUUCAGUUUUUUGAAGGUCUGCAAAUUACUAGAAAUGGAAUCACUUUUGUAACGGAUGAAAGAGGACGAAAUGUUGGGGAUGCAUUUGUUCAGUUUGAUACAACAGAAAUGGCUGAUCAGGCAUUGCUGAAAGACAGACAAACAAUAGGAAACAGGUAUAUUGAAGUGUUCAAGAGCAAAAUGAGUGAAAUUACAAACCAGUCAAGUGCUUACAGAAGAAAACAAUUAGGAUCAAAGUCUUUAAAAGACAAUACGUUUGAAGACCAUAGGACUUCAAGUAUGGCAAAUCAAAAUGAUUUAAAAUUUUGCAUACAUAUGCGAGGUUUACCAUUUGAAGCAUCUGGACAAGACAUUGCUAAUUAUUUCUAUCCUGUCAAACCUGUGAAAAUUUAUAUUGAAUAUGGACCUGAAGGAAGAGCCACAGGUGAAGCAGAUGUUUAUUUUUCAAGCCACACAGAGGCCGUUGAGGCCAUGAAAAAAGACCGAUCUCAUAUAAUGCACAGAUACAUCGAGUUGUUCCUGAAUUCCCAAUAUUCAAGUCCAUGAAACCAAGCGAAAAGAUAAAAGAAGGCAUUAACUUUCAAGAUACCUUUCAAAAAAAGAUAUAUAAUUGUAUUUAUAUUUUCGUGUUCUUCCUCAAAGUCUGAGAUUAAAAAUAAAGGCACCCCUUCUUAUAAACUCUGUCAGGUCAUUCAUUAUAUGAUGUUGUAAUCUUUUAAGCCACAAUAAACCAAAAACCUGAGAAUAUAAAAAUUGUCAUUGU